UAAUUCUCCUUCUUAUUGUUUUGUCUUUCGUUGACCAACGUGUCAUACUAUUUCCAACCUUCGUGUUUAAUUCUUCCUUCCAGCCUUUCCGGCGGUAAGGGCCCCUUCUCUAAAGCCCUGCCUGCAAUAAUCUUUGUCUAUAUCUUAUAUCUUAAUUCGCAGACGUUUUAAUCUACUAUUCUGUGUACACUUUCAACUUAAUCGACGCAAGACAAAAUGAAGAGUGCUCUCGGACUUAUGGCCCUUGCGGUCUUCAGUGCUGCUACUGACAGCUACGCUUCACCACUACCUGGGAACGAAAGCUAUGGCUCGCCAGUGCCGACUCCAUCUUCAAAAGAAGCAUCGCACGAGACACCAUCUCACUACACGUCCCAUGCUCCAGUAUCAUCGCCACAUGAGUCUCCACCGCCCACGCCGAGCCCGCCCGUUUACACUCCCUCAGAGCCUCCUCAUGAGACGCCAACUCAUGAAUCUCACUCUGCUCUUCCAGUGUAUACACACACACCUGUAUCCCCGGUUUAUACGCACACGCCUGUCCCCCCAGAGUAUACCCAUACGCCUGUUUCCCAGCAUUCGACCUUCGAGACUCCACGUUCGACUUACGAGCCUCAUUCGACGUACGAGCCUCCACAUUCGACAUACGAGCCUCCACAUUCGACACACGAGCCUCCACAUUCGACACACGAGCCUCCACAUUCGACACACGAGCCUCCACAUUCGACACACGAGCCUCCACAUUCGACAUACGAACCUCCACACUCAAGCCCGCCACCGUACACUCACACGCCUCCGCCGUCUAGCUACGAACCUCCACACUCAAGCCAUGCUCCACCAUCACCGCACUCAACUUACGAGCCGCCUCACUCAAGCAUGCCUCCCCACUCGAGCCCGCCAGCGUACACCCAUACACCCCCGCCGUCACCGUCUAGCCAUGCACCACCCUUAUCAACUUACGAGCCUCCCCACGUGACAACGCCUUGCCCUCCUCCCGGCACAAUCACGACCAUUGUCACAAAGACCCGCUCAAAGUCGCACGCUGCAUCCCCGCACCCAUCAAGCUCGUACCAACCUCGCCCUCCACCUCCUCCUCCAUCAACGUACCACAGCCCGUCUUCGCCUCCCAAGCCCACGGCAUCGUCUCCCGCUCCGCCGCCACCAGGUACACCUAUUCCUCCACCCCCACCAGGUACUCCUAUACCCCCUCCGGCGCCUGGCACUCCUAUCCCUCCUCCACCUCCCGGUACUCCCCUCCCUUCACCACCGCCCCCGCCAGGCACCGUUGCCCCAGUCCCUGGUACCAGCGUUACACCUCUGCCGCCGGUGCCUCCCCCAGCCACAGUCGCUACACCGCGCCCAUCAAGCGUUACCCCUGUGGGCCCACCCUCAUUCACCGGCGCGGCAGCCGUAAUGGCGAAGAACCCUCUCGGCGCACUAGUAGCCGGCGUCGUCGCCGUGGCAGCGAUGGUAUAACAGGAAAUUCCCCUCUCCCGGCAACCUCGUAUAUAUAGUAUAGUAUAGUAUACCCCCUUUCUUUCUUUCUUUUUCUGCUUCUCAUACUCCUCUUAUCUUCACUUCUUCCAUGCCAGCAACAGCCACUCACUGUCAAGCAUUCUCAUGUAAGAAAACGUGGUCUGUGGUUCA